ACUAAAAAAAACCAGUGUGAAUACCUCCUUGUAAUUAUUUAACGCUUGGUGGCGCACUAGCCGUCAUAGAACUUUUCAAAAGAGACGGUGCACGUGCGGUACUGAUGCGACAGAGUUUUUUUCACCAUGCUGCUGGUCAGGUCCAAUUGUAUACUUAGAAUUCUCCAGCGAGGUUUUGUUCUUCGUCUCAGCAAAUGCAAGAGUUCCUCCAGCGCAGUCAGACCUGUCUUCCUGAAUGUCAUCAAGCAAGGCUAUGCGGACCAGACAGCUGUCGUAGACUGUCUUGGUAGACACACAUAUGAGGAACUGAUCGGGUUCAGCACCGCCCUCGCCCAGCGCAUUCUGGCCAUCACACCGCGAGACGCGACCGCGGAGAAGAAGGGCUCGGGAGUGGUGUUGAACGGGGAGCGCGUCGCCGUACUCUGCCCCAACAACAUCUCAUUUAUCAUCUCCCAGUUUGCGGCAUGGAUGAGCGGAUGCACGGUGGUCCCCCUCUGCAAAGUCCAUCCGCAAUCCGAGUUGGACUACAUCGUCAGUGAUUCCCAAAGCUCAGUAGUCAUAGCAACCAGAGAAUUUGCUGACAGGGCCCACGGCCUCGCGGAGAAAAACAAUCUCAGAGUGUUGAUCUUAAAUGAAGAGGCCCUCGUCACAAGACGAAGCAGAACUUCAAAUGAACUGCACAUACUUUCUCAACACAAUAACAAUGCACCGGUCGCAGUGCCGGACAUUGUGACGGCAUCCAACUGUAGUUGGAAUGAUUCUCAGUUGAUUGACAAGUCAACGCUGACUCAAAAAUGGAGUCAGAUACGUUGGAAGAAUCGCAAGGCGAUGAUUGUAUACACCAGUGGAACGACGGGGCCACCGAAGGGUGUGGUGACGACAUUUGCCGCCUUGCAAGCCCAGAUCUCUAUGAUGCUAAAGGCCUGGUGCUGGUCAGCACAAGAUGUCAUUCUCCAUGUGCUGCCUCUGCAUCAUGUCCACGGAGUGGUCAACGCCUUGGCGUGCCCGCUGUGGUGUGGGGCGACGUGUGUCUUGAUGCCACAGUUUGAUGUGGACAGGGUAUGGGACAGGCUCCUUGAUGACUCUGAGCCGAGAAUCAACCUGUUCAUGGGCGUCCCUACCAUGUAUGCCAAGCUGAUUGAAGGCUUUGAGUCAAGGUUCAAAGGUCAAAAGGUCAGGGCCUUCAUCAAGGCCAAGUUGAGAGACCGAAUCAGGUUGAUGAUUUCAGGGUCAUCAGCUCUGCCUCAGCCAGUACUCAAGCACUGGGAGGCCAUCACGGGUCACCGAUUACUGGAACGAUACGGGAUGACGGAAUUAGGCAUGGUGUUGUCUAACCCAGUACAUGGUCUCAGGAUCCCAGGUGCAGUUGGGAAUCCAUUUCCAACUGUGGAUGUGCGCAUCGUCACUGGCAAUGGCGACAUCUGUGUCAGCGGUAAUUCCAAAGGCUCAAAGGUCACAGUGGGGUCAGAGGUCACAGAAGGUGAGCUUCAGGUCAGAGGACCGGCCGGCUUCAAGGAAUACUGGAACCGACCGGACGACACGGCCAAAGCCUUCACCGAUGAUGGCUGGUUCAAAACAGGGGACACUGCAUCCUACCAAGAUGGUGUUUACCGGAUCCUAGGCAGGACGUCUGUAGACAUCAUCAAAAGCGGAGGCUACAAGAUCAGCGCGCUGGACGUAGAGCGCCACUUACUGGCCCACGAGCGAAUCGCGGAGUGUGCGGUGGUGGGCGUGCCGGACGUGACGUGGGGCCAGCGCGUGGCGGCAGUGGUGGUACUUCAAGGCAAUGCAAAUUCGACACCAUCAUUAUCGUCAUCGUCAUUGUCGUCAUCAUCACUGACGUUGCCAGAGCUGCGAGCCUGGGCCAGGGACCGCAUGGCGCCCUACACGAUCCCGACCGAGAUGAGAGUUCUUGAGGCCAUGCCGCGCAAUGUCAUGGGCAAAGUGAACAAGAAACAGCUGCUCAGAGAGGUUUUCGAGCUGGAAUGAAAGUGGUGUCAGAAGAGGCUUUGCAACAAAUGACAUUAACCAGUUCGCGUCGGAGGCUGUGUAUACACGCACAAGAUUUGCGGCAUUCGGAAUGGAUGACAGAUAAACAUACAAAAUGUAUAGGGUUCGAGGCCGGAAAUAUCUGCCAGUGAAUCAUUCGCAGCGAGCAAGGCAGGGAGUAUGAAUGUGCUGCCAGAGGGUGAUGGCUUCAACCCGCCUGGCUUGAGGUCGAGUGAAAAGCCCACGUCUCGUUUCGUUCUUGUCAAAAUAAUCCCGGCGUGAACUGCUUAAGACACAAACUACAUGUAUCUUCUACUAAAUAUCUCCUUGUAGUAAUGCACAUUUUUAUCAAAACUUUAUAACAUGCCAAAUUUACUUAAAUGUGAUAAUUUUCAAGUUUCCUUUUUAUACUACUAGCAGGGUUGAGAUUGUCAAUUUAAAUAAAGUCUGAAAAUUGAUAAAAUGUCUGAAUGGUGCGUAUUUAUAGAUACUUACAAUGUCUUUCUCUCGGAUUCAAAUCUGAUUUCAGAGAAAAUUUUGGAAAAUCUCAUGCUUGUACUUGUGUUUGCUCCAAAGUUAAGAACAAUUGAGUGCAAUCGAGACUUUUUAUACAUACAUGAAUAUAUAUUUCUAAAUUAUUUUUAAUUGUCUGGAGAUUCCUUUAUAUCUUGUUUGCCCGAUAAUAAAUAAAUAAAUAAAGAAAGAAAUAAAUAAUGUCAAAUUAUCUAUUAGUAUUACGCGCAUUAUUUGGAUAUGGGUCACUAUUCAAUUAUGGGUCGGCAGGGCUCGAUUUACAAAAAAAAAUUGGCAUGCACUGGUGCAUGUAGACCAAAAAACCUACAUGCACCAAGAAAAACCCACAUGCACCAUAAUUUUGCAAAUAACACGUAGCGCAAAUUUCUGUAUUUAGCAAUUUAAGGAUUAUAAGCCAUAGAUGAGGUUAGGUGAGUAUUAAAGUAUGUUUGAUAUAAUAAAGAAAAUUUCUAAGAACCAUA